UAAUCUACACUCUCAACUUCGACCCCUUUACUCCACAAACCCCACAUGGACCGCUGUUGAUGUCCGCAGCAUGCCGACACAGAAGCUCGAGUACAACACAGACUGUACAAACAUGAGCAAGGCUAAAGAAAAGAGUGUGAAGAAAAGGAGCGUAGAAGAAGAGGAUGACAAGCUUCCCUUGUUCAGCAUAGACCUGACCCUGGAAAAGGAGGAAGAGGAUGCUUCUGACAGUGAGGAGAGUGUGUUCUCAGGGCUGGAGGAAUCGGGGAGCGACAGUGACGAUGAGGAAGAUCUGGCUGUCAUCGAUGGACCCCUGGAGAUCAGCAGUGGAGCUGAGAGCCCAGAAAAGGAAGAUGUUCAGGAAGACGGUUCUUUAUUGAAGAAGGUGAAAAAAAAGAAGGUGAAGAAAGUAUGUGGUGAGAGUGGAGAAGAGGAGAGGGGGAUGGAAGAGAGAGGACUGAGUACCAUGCUGAGGGACGAGUACGAACAGGACACCUCGGAUGAGGAGGACAUAAGAAACACAGUGGGGAACGUUCCUAUGGAGUGGUACCAGGACUAUCCUCACAUUGGCUAUGACCUGGACGGCAGGAAGAUCUAUAAGCCCAUCAGAAACAAGGACGAACUGGACGAGUUCCUGGACAAGAUGGACAACCCUGACUACUGGCGAACGGUGCACGACAAGAUGACAGGAAGUGAUGUCAAGCUGACGGACGAGCAGAUAGAGCUGGUGCAGCGGCUGCAGAAGGGCCACUUCGGAGACGUCAACUUCAACGAGUACGAGCCGUCUGUGGACUUCUUCUCUGGUGAGGUGAUGAUCCACCCGGUCACCAACAGGCCUCAGGACAAGCGCAGCUUCAUCCCCUCCCUCAUUGAGAAGGAGAAGGUGUCUAAGAUGGUGCACGCUAUAAAGAUGGGCUGGAUCAAGCCCCGCCAGCCCAAGGUCAGGACCCCGGUGUACUACGACCUCUGGGCCACCACUGACCCCAACGCCAUCCUGGGGAGGCACAAGAUGCAUGUCCCCGCCCCCAAGCUGCGCCUGCCUGGUCACGAGGAGUCCUACAAUCCCCCCCCUGAGUACCUGCUGUCAGAGGAGGAGCGUCUUGCCUGGGAGCAGCAGGACCCAGAGGACAGGAAGUUGGAGCUCCUGCCCCAGAAGUUCUCCUGCCUGCGCGCCGUGCCUUCCUUCCCUCGCUUCAUCCAGCAGCGCUUCGAACGCUGCCUCGACCUCUACCUCUGCCCCCGCCAGCGCAAGAUGAGGGUGAGCGUCAAUCCAGAGGACCUGAUCCCCAAGCUCCCCAAACCCAAAGACCUGCAGCCCUUCCCCACCACACAGUCCCUGGUGUAUCGAGGUCACACCAGUCUGGUGCGUUCCAUAAGUGUGUCUCCUACUGGACAGUGGCUGGUCUCUGGCUCGGACGACGGCUCGCUGCGUUUCUGGGAGGUUGCCACGGCGCGCUGCAUGAAGACUCUGGAGGUGGGCGGAGCUGUGAAGGGCGUGGCCUGGAACCCUAACCCCGCACUCUGUCUGGUGGCCGUCUGCUUUGAGUGCUCUGUGCUUGUGGUGAGCCCUGGCCUGGCUGACCGGCUGGUGGUGUCGUCCACCGAGCAGCUGCUGUCCUCCUACGAGGCUCCAGAGGAGGAGAAGGAGCAGGCCGUGGUCUGGAGCUCCUCCCAGGGACCCGAUUACGAGAAGGGAAUCCGACUCACCCUCACUCACCCUAAGGCGGUGCGUCAGGUGACCUGGCACGCUAAGGGGGACUAUCUGGCCAGCGUGAUGCCGGACAACAGCAGCAACCUGCAGGUGCUCAUCCACCAGAUCAGCAAGCGCCGCACGCAGAACCCCUUCCGCAAGAGCAAGGGCCUGGUGCAGUGUGUAUCCUUCCACCCACUCAGGCCGUACUUCUUCGUGGCAACACAGCGAUACGUCCGUGUCUACAACCUCAUCAAGCAGGAGCUCACCAAGAAGCUGAUGACCAACUGCAAGUGGAUCUCCAGCAUGGCCAUCCACCCCGGAGGAGACAACCUGGUCUGUGGUAGCUAUGACAGCAGAUUGGCUUGGUUUGACCUGGACCUCUCCACCAAGCCCUACAAGAUCCUACGGCACCACAAGAAGGCCCUCAGGGGCGUGGCCUACCACAGCCACUAUCCUCUCUUCGCCUCGGGAUCGGACGAUGGCAGCGUCAUUGUCUGCCACGGCAUGGUGUACAAUGACCUGCUCCAGAACCCACUCAUCGUCCCAGUCAAGGUUCUGAAGGGUCACACCCUGACCCAUGACCUUGGGGUCCUGGAUGUGACCUUUCACCCCACCCAGCCCUGGGUCUUCUCCUCUGGAGCUGAUGCCACCAUCCGCCUCUUCACCUAAGACGUGUUAUUACCAUUUUAUUGUGUACUACAACCUAUUAUUAUUAUUAUUAACUAUCUUAUCCGCUAAGACCCGUUAUUGGCAUGUCCUUACCUGCUAGGACCUGUUAUAUACAUGUACUUACCUGUUAGGACCUGUUAUUAACAUGUUCUUACCUGCUAGGACCUGUUAUUGCCAUGAUUUUACAUGCUAGAACCUGGUAUUUCUAUCUAGAACCAUCUAUGAAUAUAUUUCCAUCUAGGAGGUGAUUUUUAACAUGUUAUUACUGAUGUAGACAUGUUAUUCUGUUCUAUCUGAUGACGUAAACGUGUUGUUAACGAUGUAAACAUGUUAUUGUGUACGAUCAGCUGAUGUAGAUGCCUGCUUCCCACCACACACAUCAGUGCUGCACCAAGUGCCUCCUUGUUCAGUCUCAUAACUGUUUAAUACAAGUUGUUAUAAAA